AUGUCUGCUGCUGCCACUGCAAAACCCAUCAAAUAUCGAACAUCUUCCACAAGCCAGAAAUUUUGGCCUCUGAAAAAGUUCAAUCUUACCCAUGGAAAGACAAUCGCUGUAGUAGUAGAUCGAACCAAGAAACCAUCACCAGCCACAAAAACCAUGAAAAUAAACACGGCAGACAAGGCCACUCAUGUCGUACCUGCAACAACAGUACCAGCUGCUACUGCUACCAUCACUGCCACUACACCACCACCAUCACCACAAGCAGCAAUGUCUAUAGCCAUCACAGAUGACAAUGCACAACAACAGCAGAAAAAGUCAAAAAAUAAACGACUCAGCUCAUUACUUUCAUCGAACCGUCGUCAAGAAGAUGAACCCACGAGUGGUAAAAAUGCAUCCAAUACGCCUACCAUCACACGGAAAGCAGGCAGAGAGAUGAAGGCUAGAACUAGUGGCAGAAACACCAAUUACAUGACAGCAAAGACUGCUGGAUCAGGUACACUGACGAGAACACAAUCACCUCCUUCCUCAAUCGCCACGACGACAUCUCCUCCUACUACCGCUACCGCUGUUUUGAGUAGAGCGCAAUCCAUGGCAAGCAAAACAACCACCACCAAAAAACCUUCCAAGCACAGCAGACCUCAAUCGCCACCCUCAAAGCAAUCAGCAGCCACUGCAACCAGCAACAAUGACCAACCGAAAAUCAUGCUGGAAAGUGUGCAGCAACAGAUUCAACAGGAAGAGAAAGAAAAGUUCAAGAAGCAACAUAAAAAAUCAGCCAACAAUGAUGUCGACUAUGAUUCAGCCAUUGAGGAUGAACAAGAAGAUGACAGCAAACAAGACAUGGUUCAUGUUGUUGUCAAUACAACUACAGUUGAUAAUAACAGUAAUGAUAUAAAAGAUAAUAAAGGAGAUGUUGUUACUGCAUGUAUCAGCUCAAGUAGCAGCAGUAAGAGUACCGCCAGUCAUAGUAUUCAAAGUUGCAGCAGCAGCAGCAGCAGCAGCAGCAGUAGCAGCAAUCACAGUAUAAGCAGCACUAGUGAGAGCUGCAGCGAUACGAGCAGUAGCAGCAUCCACCAACAACAGCACGCAUCUCCAUUACCUUCACCACCUGUGACUCCAGCAGCUACAUCUUUGCCUGAUGAAUUCAGUAUCAAGGAGGCUGCAUCUACUACUGGUCCUAUGAAGCUCAUUCAUAGCGAGCCUGCUAGCCCCACUAUGUGUACAUUUGAUGUACAGUCCGUGCAACAACAGCACCAAAAUCACACGGUUCACAUGGACACCAAACCAAACAAUCUGUACGUGCAACAGCCCAUACAGCGUAUCCAUCGAUUGCGACCAGCUGCUUCAUUUGCUACACUACGCCAAUUAGCUAGCACAAAUAGCAACUAUCAGCAUCAGCAGCAGCAACAGCAGCAGCAGCAACAGCCAGUCAGCUACAUUCAACAUCUUGCAGCAGCCCCAACAAAGACCAAAAGACGACCCGUAUCCUACAUUGAGUUAUCUAGCAACAUGAAUUACAAUUACGCCAUGGCUUCUCCUCCUGCUCCUCCUUUCGCCAAUAGCACAGUAAUCCACGAUGACUAUCUAUCUGUGCAUUCGACAAGGCCGACCUAUUACCGCAGAACAAGCUCAGAGGAUAAUCGUCAACACUACCAUACACGCCAAAUAGCAGACAGCCAUCCAUCGCCUCCCUCCAGCAUUGUCAAUGGUGGUGGAAGACGUCUUGUUCGCUCCAACACCGUGCACAAUCUCAUCAUCAAAGACGGUCAAGGCCAUCGCAUUGUUCAAUGCGUAGGCUUGGACGAUUCUCCUCCCUUACAGCCUUUGCGCACGGGCGAGUAUCAGGACUGGUCUACUACUGCCUCUUCUACCACAGCAACCGCUGCAUCCGACAUGUUGGACGAUAAUAACACGACUGCCAUUGUGCUGACUCGCCAACAACUAGAGGAUUUACAUUUCCAGGCACAACAACAACCAUUGGAAGUGGAUGCCUCUCCUGAUCCACUUAGUGCUCAGCCAUCACCACCUUUACCACAACAGCAGCGUCCUCGAAAGAUGAAGCGCAAAGACAGCGCGAAAUCACUGAGCAGCUUGUGCAGUGCGAGCCCACCAAUCAACCAUGACAUGCGAUGCGAGCAAUUGAAAAAUAAACUGGAAAAAGAGCGGGCUACAGUAAAAGCGCUUCAGAAGCAGAAAGAAGCCUAUAAUAAGGACGUGCUAUUCCUUAGUAAAAAUGUCGAUGAACUCUCUGCCGAUAACCAGGAAUGGAAGCGAAAAUUUGACAUUGAGAAAUCAGCUAAAGAAAGAUUUCAAGAUGAUUUAUCGUCCACUAUGGAUAAGCUGAACGAAGCCACAGAGCAGAUCAGGCAAUUGGAAUCUCAAAACCGUCUGCUGAAACAAGAGAUUGACGACAAGAACAUGGAAAUUCGAGAACUGGAGAAGAGCAAGAAGAGUAAAUCUCCUGUAGCGCGCGGUAAAUCCACAGCAACAGCAUCUGUUGAAAAAUCAAGUGAUCGCUUGCUUGCAGCUCAACUUCAGCAUUCGCAAAAUCAAGUAAGGCUGCUGAAAUCCACCAUGGAGCAGUUUCUUCGCAUGGGUGUAUUCAAUGAUGAUCUAUCUAGCAUGACUUUGCCUAUAACAUCGAUUGAUGCUGCCGUCUCUGAACUUCGAUGCGGAAGAUCCAGACAGCGUCGACAUCCUGCAUCUACCACAGUGACAAAGAGCACAGGUACCGAUCAACAAUUGGAUCCUACUUGUGCAACAACAUCUACAACAAGUGCAAAGUCAAGAAAAUCGCUGGUGCCUGUCGAUACCAAAGUAAAAGAGCCCAUCAAGAGCAACAAGAGCACGCCUACAGCUGAACUGGAUAAUCAACUAUUGGAGCUACUAAGGGAAAAAGAGAUUCUUCAAGCAGAAUAUAGUAAGGUGCCUUCCAGUGGCGGUAAUGCGCUUGUGCGUAGACGCAGAGAAGAAUUGGAAUCUCGGUUAGAUACAGUAGAUUCUCAAAUGUGUCGCAUCAAAUUAAAAAUGCGUAAUCGCAAUAUACUUUAA